GGAAGUAGAAGAUCAGUACAGUGGUAGCUGUGGACAAGUCACAUUGUGACCUCUGAUCAGCGUUCUUACCAAGAGCGUCAACAAGCAAACGGCUGACAACUUAGCUGCGUCGGGUUACUCCCCCUGUGCCAACUUCUGACACUGUCAGACACAGUGGUUCUCCUCCUCUGUAUACACCCAAAAUCAUAAACACGAAGACCGAAGUGAAGACAAAUAUGCCCCGAGUACGCAUCGCCGUCCUGGGGAAAAUCAACGUGGGCAAAUCAGCUCUGACGGUGCGAUACCUCACCAGAAGGUUCAUUGGCGAAUACCGUUCAAACACAGAUCUGCUGUAUCGCCAAACAGUGACAGUCAAUAAUUCCCCCCUAGAAGUGGAAAUCGUUGAUGUAUCAGGCGAGACGAGAGAUUCUACAUUUCCACUGGAGCAAGUGCAAUGGGCCGAUGCUUGUGUCGUAGUAUACUCCAUAACGGACAAGCAGUCGUUCGCAUAUGCAGUGGAGGCACUCGAGAACUUCCAAAAACUGCGGCCGGUCAGCGCAGUUCCCGUCACGUUACUGGCCAACAAGGCGGAUCUUGAACACCUCCGAGAGGUGGAGGAGUUGGAGGGGCGUACUGCAGCAAUUCAGAACGGCUGCCAAUUUUUCGAAGUAUCAGUGGCUGAAAACAGUGCGGACUUAUAUCAAGCUUUUGAAAUGCUGGUGAAUGAGUGCCGUUGUCUUCAGGGAAACAACGGCAAGUCACGUAAAUUCUCAGUAUCUAAAAUGAUCGGUACUUUGAUUGGCAGCAGCAACAGCAAUAGCAAGAAUGGCAACAUUGGCAGCCAAACGCAACAGCAGACCCAGGGGGGCACCGUGGUGGUUUGCCAGAAGUCCGACCUCCACCGCAGCCGUGUCCUUAAAAGACGUCAGAACUUCACGGCAACUGCUUCGCUUUGACUGGACCAGGGCCCGGCAGGUCCUAGUGAUGCUGCUACGCGAUGUGCCACGGUGGUUCCAUGAGACUCCGUCCUGGUCUGAUUUCCCUAACUUGUUACGGACGUCCAAGUCUGCAAGCGAGGCGGAACGAGGACUUGGCCAUUUCACACCAGUGGCUCACUGUGACGUCCUCGUGGCGACGGCCGCUGCCAUUAUUUUAAACUAAGCCGACACAAUAACUGCCUUCGUUCUGGUUAAGGCGAUGGUACAAGUUAGAAGAAGAUGCUGAAUCCAGGUGGGAACUGUCCUACUUUUAAAGAAUGCCGGUGACAUUAUUAACAAAACUUGGCACAAUGUACUCUCAAGCAACGCCCCGAUUCCAAAACCUGGGGUUACUGUCAAGUUAAUGAAGAAGAAGAGGAUAAGUGUGUGAAGAACUGCCUCUCUUCGGCACAUUAAACCACAGACUAGGUAACCUGUUCACAUCUCUCCUUUCCGGUGAUGGAUUUAGUGCCAUGAAAGUAAUGUCUCCGCUUCAGAAUUGUGUAACGAACACACCCGUCUUCCCAGCCUCUGAAUGACAGGCGCCACGUGGUGAGACAAACAGAAAAUCAAUAAGAAUAGGCCGGCCUAUAUUUGUAUAGUCUAUAUCCGAGCACAGCAGAAUACUGAAUACAUAUCAAUGUAUCCUAACGUCUUAUGAGGCUGGGUGCAGGAAGCACGGCUAUAAAAAGAACUCUGUUUUUGUGAGUUUUCAAUCUUCAAAGAGCUUUAAUUUUAUUUAAUACACUUUUAAUUUAUAAACUGUUCAGUUCCUUUUAAAUUAAUUUUAUUUAUUCAUAACUGUAUAAGAGUAUACUCUUAUACAGUUAUAAAUAAAUAAAAUUAAUUCAAUUAAUUCAAUCAAUUCACAUUUUGAAUCCCAUAUUAAAUAUACCACAUGACAUUGUAGUAGAACCGAAAUAUGCCCGUCUAGUGAACCUACCCUGAAACAAUGUUUCGGACUAUUCGUAAUGACGCGUUCGAAUGACUACUGCAACUAUUAAACACCUUUUUCAUUAAGCUAAAUUGCUGUAAUCAGGAACGACAAGAACGGCAUACCUGCCUAAUUUCGUAGUCCUACAUUAGCGCAAUAAAUUAUAAAUGUAACACUUCCAAUUUGGAUGUUACAGACCAAAGUGAACAGUAUAUUAAAACGACAAAAUAAGAAGGAGUGGUCACAGAGUCCCUGACGGAAUACUUUUCCCUAUCUGGAAGUACAUUACUUCAGAGGGAACUUACUGCUACCAGGCUGAUCGGUCAGCUGCUUGCUAAUGCGCCACUAAAGAGCCUAAACACAACAGUGAGAUGGGCGGUAUUCCAAACAAAUGGGUUGUGAGUGCGUCACGUAUUUGGAAUGUGCUUUAAGGAAAGUCUGGUAUCGGAUUUUGACCAAUAACGUCAUAUAACUUAGACUGAAUAAGUAUCCAGACCGAUUCAUAUUACACCUGAGUUUCUAAUUUUAUUCCUAAUUAAUACGGACAGAGAAUAAUGUCCUCAGGAAAUUAAAACUCUCCUGGACUGUCUAGUGUAUAGAUCCAACAGCCUGAAUGGAAGUAAGAGAAAAUACCACAACAAAACUAGGCACGAACUUUGCAAACAGAGAAGAUAAUAAGUGACAUGUAAUAUUAGAUCUCUGUUUUAAAUGUCUGCUGUAAAGUCAACACAUUCCAUACUUUAUACCCUUAAAUGUGCGUAUUUUCCAAUAACUGCAUACUUCUGUCCAUUGAUGAUAAUAAUAAGUACUUUAAUUAAAUAAACAUGGUACAAAACAUGAUUCUUGUCAAGUAGGGAUACCUACUUACAAUAAUUAAGUCCAUAAAAGGUUUGAAACGGACAAGGAAAUUAUGUAUAUGUGACAUGAGAAUUUUGUGUUAUAUAACCAUAUUUCAGUGCCAGGUUUCCAGACUGAAAUAUUUCCUAUAUUUCUAGUUAUUGGAAAUGGCUUUAAUUAGUUAAAACAAUGCACAAAAUAAAUUAUAUAUUCAUAAUGUCAUAUAUUUAUUUGUAAAUCUGUGUUUACAUCUGUAAUUGUUGAGAGCUAGUUUUUUGUAUGUGCGCCCACUGUGUUUCUGUGUGUGUGUUUUUUGAUGCCGCUGGGUUUCAGAGACCCACAGAGUGAAAAGACUGGCCGCAUAGCAUCGUGUUGCCAUGGAAAAGAAAUGCCGUUAUGCCUUCUAGUGUGUUUAGCGAAAAUUUUCAGUUUUGGGCUUCUUGCCAGUUCGGAAACAGAAAUAACACCGAAGCAUCUGCACAAAGACAGAAUCCCCUCGUGCAAGAAGACGUCGGAAUCUGCGUCACUAGCUGAUGCACGAAAAUCGACGUCUGAAUUCGUGAAUUAACUUUGAAAAGUUCCUUUGCUCUAAAUAUAAACUAUGAAAUUACACCGUUUCCUUUUAGGCGGGAACCUACUAGAUGCAAACAAUUUGCAUAUUCUUUGGUAAUCAGUUGGUAUAAUGUCCAGGCUACGGGCUGAACGACAGGAAAAUCAAAGUUCGAUUCAUGACAGGUGAAAGAAUUUCUCUCUCAUCAGCAGCGUCCAGAUCGGCUAUGUGACCCUUCCAGUCGUCUGUCUAAUGGUUACUGAUGGUUCUUUCAUAAUGGUUAAAAUGGUCUGGACGUGCAUCUAACCUCUGUCUAGUGCCGAGCUUAAGAAUGCGUGAAGUAAUACCUCCAAUUCUUCAUGGCAUUGAGCUUAAUGAAGCAUAGGGACAACUUCAUCUUCAAUCUUUAGCAACCACAUUAUGUUUCCCUCUUCCGUACUACAACAUCUGUCGCUGUAGGUCUCGAAGUUAUAACUGCAGUGACUAUGAAGGUCACUCUUCAAUGUGUCAAGUUAACGUUCUAACAUGUAGGAUAUGAGAUUCUCACAGCGGUAGUUGUGAGAAUGAAAACUGCCAUCUUCUGGGAUAUAGCGCCGUGUAGUCCGUAUAUGAACCGACGUUUGGGAGGAACGUAUCACCUCCAUCCUCAAGGUCGAAAUCAGUCAAGAAACCAGCAACAGCAGGUGUUUAGGCAGACCCUGAAGAUGGAAGUGAUACGUUCCUCCGAAACGUCGAUUCAUAUACGGACUACACGGCGCUAUAUGCCAGAAGAUGGCAAUUUCCAACUUUCUAAAAGUUUAAGGACCGAUGUAUAUACAUUUAUACUUAAUAUACAAGAUACAAUUUGCGGUGUUUUUCCAAUGAGAG